AUGGUUUGUCUUUCAGAUAUAAUAUUAAACGGAGAAACGAAUGUAUUGUUCGGUCACGACGCCUCACUCGCUUGCGAACUCUCGAACCCGUCCGGAGUCAAACAGGUGUCCUGGGAGCGAUUGCGCGACGGUGAGAACGCCGACACUCUUGCCACGUUCAGCGAGCGAUACAAGGAUUAUGUGCACCAAGAAUAUGUCGGAAAAGUCACUAUAACGUCGUCAUUCAGUUCUUCGUCUAUUGUGAUCAAAAACGUAACAUUUGAGGACGAGGCCUGCUACAUGUGUUCCUUCAAAGUGUAUCCAUCAGGACCCAAACGGAAAACAUUUUGCCUCACUGUUAAAGGUAUAUCAGAAAUAACAGCAUCAGUAAAUUCAUCCAGUUCGGAUUCAGAAUUUACAGUCUCAUGUUCGGCCACAGGUAAACCCACACCGAUACUCCAUUGGAAAUCCACAGACAAAGACCAGAACUUCUCUGCGUCGAAAAUUUUAUCAAAGCUCAACAGUGAUGGGUCAAACACCACUACAAGUGUCCUGAAACUUCCACUGUCACAGUUUCAUGGGAAAUAUGUGGAAUGUGUGGCGACGAGUGGCGGCGUUGAGGAAUGGUCACGGGUCUCUUUGCUUGAUAAAGAUCAAAAUAAAAAAGAAGAAGAGAAGAGUGUAACAUUAAGAAAUUAUACCAUUACUAUUUUGCUCCUGCUUAUCGUCAGUAUUGUUAUAAUCGCCCUCUUCCUUAACGUCAGAUUAAAGGAUAAAGCGGAGUUUACACUAUUUGCUUCAAGAGCAUGAUCUACAACAUUUCAGACUGCACAGCUGUCACUUUAAAUCUUUUACCUGUCCAUGUUGUCUAUGAAAAAGUCACUUGAUGUUUACAUCUCUAAAUAAGCUAACUUUAGUAUUGUGUUAAAGACAGUAAAAAUGUUAUAAUUGUUUUAAUAACACCUAAAAUAUUACAGUAAACCAAACUACGAAUGCAAGGUAUAUACUGUCAUAUAAUAAUACAUUUGACAAGUUUAUUUACUUGCAUGUUUAUGUUUAUUGCUUUCCACUUAUUACUAUUGCUGUGAAUUGUGUAAUUGUCUUUUGACAGGCAGGCUGUUGUAAUGCUGGAUUUUCUUAUUUAUUAGAUGUUUUAUGUUCUCUUACAAUAAAGU